AUGUUGAAGUUCAAAUACGUUAGUCAAGGAAGCGUGAAAACGCUGUCGCCCUCUGUGGAACCCAUCACCAGCCGCAGUUCCCGACUCAACCACCUUUUCCAGGGUCGGGUCAGUCUGAGUGGGAAACGGGAAGUAUGCAACUUGGGCAGGGAGGAGUUCUUGGAAGCGCUUCUGCUGUUGUACCAGGAGUGUGCCUCUCCAGAGCUCAUGAGGAUUCAACACGUGGCUAACUUUGUUAACAGAUUUUCUGAGGUAGUCUCAGAGCUGCAGGCCCUACAACCUCAGCUUCAUGACUUUGAGUUGCGUGCAGUGGUGAGUCGUGGUCGCUUUGCUGAGGUCCAAGUGGUCAAAGAGAGAGCUACUGGAGAUGUUUGUGCCCUGAAAAUAAUGGAAAAGACAGCUUUGCGUGCCCAAGAAAAUAUGGUGUUUCAUGAAGAGGAGCGGCGGGUACUGGCUCUGAACAGCAGCCCCUGGAUCCCACAGCUUUUCUUUGCAUUCCAGGACAAAGACUGUCUCUACCUGGCAAUGGAGUUCUUGCCAGGCGGUGACCUGAUGUCCCUACUGAACAGAUAUGAGGAUCAGUUUGAUGAAUCCAUGGCUCAGUUCUAUCUAGCAGAGCUGGUAGAGGCCAUCCACGUUGUCCAUCAAAUGGGUUACGUCCACAGGGAUGUUAAACCAGAGAACGUACUUAUUGAUCGGACGGGUCAUAUUAAACUGACAGACUUUGGCUCAGUGGCCAAACUGACCGCCAAUAAAACAGUGAUGGCUCCCACAGUACCCGUAGGGACGCAGGACUUCCUCUCCCCUGAGAUCCUGGUGGCCAUGAAUGGGGGUACUCACAGCACAUAUGGAGUUGAGUGUGACUGGUGGUCCCUGGGGGUUAUAGCAUAUGAGAUGAUCUAUGGCAAGUCGCCUUUCUCUGGUGGCACCGCCACCAAGACCAUUCACAACAUUCUCAACUUCCAGAAUUUCCUGAAGUUUCCAGAGGAACCACAGGCCAGUAAACAGUUUGUGAACCUUGUGCAGAGCCUGCUGUGUGGAGCCAAGGAUCGACUGGGCUUCCAGGGGCUGCACUGUCACAGCUUUUUCUCUAGCAUCGACUGGAAUAACUUGAGACAAGUCCUCCCGCCUUUCGUUCCAGCGCUACACGCUGAAGAUGACACCUCUAAUUUUGAGGAGCCAGAACAGGCAGCCCCCCGGCCAGCCUCAGCAAUCCAGCGGGAUGCUCUUCCAGUUGGCUUCCAGGGCCAGGAUCUGCCCUUUCUAGGCUGGUUCUUCAGCAGGGCGUUGACAGCACUGGCCAAAGCUGAGUCGGUGUCUGCAGGCUUUAAUUCUCCUGCGAAGACCAACUCCAUGGAAAAGAAGUUGCACCUCAAAAGCAAAGAACUUCAAGAAACUCAAGACAAAUGUCACAAGAUGGAGCAGGAGAUCUCCAGGUUUCAGCGUAAGAUGACUGAUUUGGAGUCAGUGCUCCACCAGAAGGAUGUGGAGCUGAAGGCCUCUGAGACACAGAGAAGCAUCCUUGAACAAGACCUCGCCACAUAUAUCACCGAAUGCAGCAGCUUAAAGCGCAGCUUGGAGCAGGCACGCGUGGAGGUAUCCCAGGAGGAUGAUAAGGCCAUGCAGCUCCUGCACGAUAUCCGUGAACAAAGCAACAAGCUACAGGAGAUAAAGGAGCAGGAGUACCACGCCCAGCUAGAGGAGAUGCAAGUGACAAUUAGGCAGCUGGAGGAGGACCUGUCAGCUGCUCGACGCCGAAGUGACCUGUAUGAAACUGAGCUCAGAGACUCGAGGCAAACCAGUGAGGACCUUAAAAGGAAGGCCGUGGAAUACCAGCAGAGAAUCCAGAAGGCAAAAGAGCAAGGCAAAUCUGAGGUAGAGGAGCUUCUCUCCAAACUGGAGAAGACCAACUCUGAGCAGCAGUUGAAAAUCCAGGAGCUCCAGGAUAAACUCUCCAAGGCAGUGAAAGCCAGCACAGAGGCCACCGAACUGCUGCAGAACAUUCGGCAGGCCAAAGAGAGACUGGAACGAGAGCUGGAGCGUCUGCGAGGCAAGACUGACCCUAGUGACACGCUUAAACGCCGCCUGAGAGAGACUGAGGAGCUUGAGGAAAACCUGAGGGAGACUCAGUUGACAGCCCAAAGGAUGGAAACCCAUCUUGCCCAAAAAGAGAGGCUAUAUGAAGACAAGAUAAAGGUUCUGGAGGCCCAAAUGAAGGUAGAUCUAGCUGACAAGGAGAGUCUGGAGGCCAAACGAGCCCAGCAGGAGGAAGAGUCCAGAGAAAAAUACAAGCUCAUCAGUGAACAGAAAGCUACCAUUAAUGCCAUGGACUCCAAGAUGAAGAACUUGGAGCAACGCAUUGCAGAACUGUCAGAAGCUAACAAGCUGGCUGCUAACAGCAGUAUCUACACCCAGAAGAACAUGAAAGCCCAGGAGGAAAUGAUUUCAGAGCUGCGACAGCAGAAGUUUUAUCUGGAGUCUCAGGCAGGGAAGCUUGAGGCCCAGAAUGCUAAACUAGAGGAACACCUGGAAAAGAUGAGCCAGCAGGAGCAGACCAAGAGGAGCCGUCUACUGGAGCUUGAGACAAGGCUACGUGAGAUGGGGCUGGAACACGAGGAGCAGAAACUGGAGAUCAAACGGCAGGUGUCGGAGCUUACCCUGUCCCUGCAGGAGCGCGAGUCCCAGAUCAGUGGCCUGCAGGCAGCACGUCUUGCUCUAGAGAGCCAGCUGCAGCAGGCCAAGACCGAGCUGGAGGAGACCACUGCUGAGGCAGAAGAGGAGAUCACCGCACUUAGGAGUCAUAGAGAUGAAAUUCAGCGCAAAUUUGAUGCCCUGCGUGACAGCUGCUCGGUGAUCACAGACCUGGAGGAGCAGCUUACGCAGCUGAGCCAGGAGAACGCCGAGCUAAACCGCCAGAACUUCUAUCUGUCCAAGCAGCUGGAUGAGGCAUCAGAUGAGAGUGAGGACCGGCUUCAGCUCAGCCAAGAAGUUGACCGCCUGAGAAGAGAGGUGGCUGACCGUGAGAUGCACCUCAACAACCAGAAGCAGAACAUUGAGACACUGAAAACCACGUGCAGCAUGCUUGAGGAGCAGGUGGUCGAACUGGAGUCUCUGAAUGAUGAGUUGUUGGAGAAGGAGAGGCAGUGGGAGGCCUGGAGAGCAGCCCUGGAAGAUGAGAAGAGCCAGGCAGAGAGACGCACCAGAGACCUGCAGAGGCUCCUUGACAGUGAGAAGCAGAAUAGGCUGCGUGCAGACCAGCGCAGCACAGAGUCUCGUCAGGCGGUGGAGCUGGCAGUCAAAGAGCACAAGGCCGAGAUAAUAGCCUUGCAGCAGGCUCUGAAGGAGCAAAGGCUGAAGGCUGAAAGCCUAUCGGACACACUCAAUGAUUUGGAAAAGAAGCACGCCAUGCUGGAGAUGAAUGCUCGCAGUUUACAGCAGAAGCUGGAGACGGAGAGAGAAUUGAAACAGAGACUGAUGGAUGAGCAAGGGAAGCUGCAGCAGCAGAUGGACCUCCAGAAGAGUCACAUCUUCCGUCUGACCCAAGGCCUGCAGGAUGCCCUGGACAAAACUGACAUGCUCAAAACUGAGAGGACAGACCUGGAGUAUCAGCUGGAGAAUAUACAGGCUGUGUACUCCCAUGAGAAGGUAAAGAUGGAGGGUACAAUCUCCCAGCAGACCAAACUCAUUGAUUUCCUCCAAGCCAAAAUGGACCAGCCUACAAAGAAAAAGAAGGGCAUAUUUGGGCGGCGGCGAGAAGAUCCAGCAGUGCCCAUGCAAUACAGUGACAUGAAGAUGGCGCUGGAGAAAGAGCGCUCACGCUGCUCUGACCUAGAGGAGGCCCUACAGAAGAUGAGAAUAGAGCUGCGUUCCCUCAGAGAGGAGGCAGCCCAUUUCAAAGCCCAAGAGCAUGUAGCCCCAUCCACCCCAGCACAGGCCCGCCAGCAGAUCCUCAUGUCAGCCAUCGUCAAGUCCCCAGAGCAUCAGCCCAACCCCAGCAGCCUUCUCAACCCCUCAUCACGCUGCAAGGAGACCUCCACACCAGAAGAGUUUGGUCGCCGUGUGAAGGAGAGGAUGCACCAUAACAUCCCCCAUCGCUUCACUGUGGGUCUAAAUAUGCGGGCUGCCAAGUGUGCCGUCUGUCUGGACACUGUACACUUUGGACGACAGGCUGCCACUUGUCUAGAGUGUCAUACCUUGUGCCACCCCAAAUGCUCACCGUGUCUCCCAGCCACCUGCGGCCUGCCAGCUGAGUAUGCCACACAUUUCUCAGAGGCUCUGUGCCGGGAGAAGGCAAACUCCCCUGCCCUGCAGGUGAAAGAGGCCAGUGGACAUGUUCGACUGGAGGGAUGGAUGAAGCAACCCAGGAAUGGCAAGCAUGGCCAGCAGGGCUGGGAGAGGAAGUAUGUUGUACUGGAUGGCACCAAGGUCUCCAUUUAUGAUAAUGAGCCUAGAGAAGGUCAGCACUUGUGUGAGGAGUUUGAGCUGUGUCUGCCCGAUGGGGAAGUGACUGUUCACGGAGCCAUAGGAGUCUCUGAGCUAAUCAACACUGCCAAGUCAGACAUCUCGUACGUGCUAAAGUUGGAGUCUCAUCCCCAUACCACCUGUUGGCCAGGCCAGUCUCUCUACUUCAUGGCUCCCAGUUUCCCUGAUAAGCAGCGGUGGGUGGCUGUACUGGAGUCUGUGGUGGGUGCCAGCCGUGGCUCCAAGGAUAAAGUUGAUGCUGAUGCUAAAUUGCUGGGUAACUCUCUACUUAAGCUGGAGGGUGAUGACCGUUUGGACAUCAACUGCACUCUGCCACUCACUGACCAGAUUGUUCUGGUUGGCUCUGAGGAGGGUCUGUACGCCCUCAACGUCAUAAAGAAUUCUCUGACCCACAUCCCUGGACUGACUUCAGUCUUCCAGAUCCAGAUCCUGAAAGACCUUGACAAGCUACUAAUGAUCACUGGAGAGGAGAGGGCACUCUGUCUGGUGGAGAUUAAGAAGGUGAAACAGUCUUUGUCUCAGUCCCACCUGCCAGCUCAACCAGACCUCAACCCCUACAUCUUUGAGACAGUAAAGGGAUGCCACCUCUUCUCCUCUGGAAAGAUUGAUAAUGGGACCUGUAUAUGUGCUGCCAUGCCAAAUAAGAUUACUAUCCUCCGCCACAAUGAAACCCUGAACAAGUUCUGCAUCAGAAAGGAGAUCGAGACUUCUGAACCAUGCAGCUGCAUCCACUUCACUGGCUACAGCAUCAUCAUUGGCACUAACAAGUUUUAUGAGAUUGAGAUGAAGCAGUAUGUGUUAGAGGAGUUCCUGGAUAAAAAUGAUGUUACGCUCGCUUCUGCUGUGUUCGCUGCCUCCUCGCACAGCUUCCCCAUUUCUAUUAUCCAGGUCACCACAGCGCCACUGAAGGAUGAGUACCUCCUCUGUUUCCACGAGUUUGGUGUGUUUGUUGAUGCAUACGGCCGUAGGAGUAGAACACAUGACAUCAAAUGGAGUCGUCUGCCUCUCUCAUUUGCCUAUAGAGAACCCUACUUGUUUGUAACUUACUUCAACUCUCUGGAUGUUAUUGAGAUCCAAGGACAUGCUGCUCUCGGGCCCCACUCCUAUGCCCAUCUGGACAUUCCAAACCCACGCUACCUGGGCCCUGCCAUCUCCUCUGGGGCCAUCUACUUGGCUUCCUCCUACCAGAAUAAAUUGCGGGUCAUCUGCUGCAAAGGUAACCUUGCUCAGAGUCAAGAUGUUGGGGGAGAUCUGCAGCGCAACGGCUCUGGCCGCAGCCCUAACAAGCGCGGGCCUCCCUCCUAUAAUGAGCACAUCUCCAAGAGACUGGCAGCCAGUCCUGUUGUCCAUGGAGACCCCGGCACUCCUCACCGCUACCGAGAGGCCCGCACCGAGUUCCGCCGCGACAAGUCCCCCAGCCGACCAAUGGAGAGAGAGAAAUCCCCCGGUCGGCUAAUGGAUGUGCGCAGGGAGAGGUCACCUGGCCGCUUCGAGGAGCGUCAGAGGCUCCAUACGGGCUCUGGACGCACACCCAUCAACCCUGUCAACAAGGUAUGGGACCAGUCAUCUGUUUGA